UCAGAAGUGAGCAAAUCCUGAGCCUUCAUUUGAAUACAAAACGUACAAAUAGAGUUACUCCGAGCGCUGCGCGUUUCUUUUUGGAGAGACACAGCGAUCAUGCCAGACCCGUCCAAAUCGGCUCCUGCGCCCAAGAAGGGUUCUAAAAAGGCUGUCACCAAGGCGCAGAAGAAGGACGGCAAGAAGCGCAAACGCGGCCGCAAGGAGAGCUAUUCUAUCUACGUGUACAAGGUGCUGAAGCAGGUGCACCCCGACACCGGCAUCUCGUCCAAGGCCAUGGGCAUCAUGAACUCCUUCGUCAAUGAUAUCUUCGAUCACAUUGCCAGCGAGGCCUCCCGCCUGGCGCACUACAACAAGCACUCCACCAUCACGUCCCGCCAAGUGCAGACAACCGUGCGCCUGCUGCUGCCGGGCGAGCUGGCCAAGCACGCCGUGUCCGAGGGCACCAAGGCUGUCCCCGAAGGUUGGGUGCACGCAGGGCACGUCCACGCCGGCAGGCCCGUGCACGCAGGAGUGCCCACGCAGGGCGGGUCCGUGUAG